AAUAUCCAAUAGCCCAAAUCCAAUUUCAAUCCACCGCAGGCUACAGUCGCUCUCGUCCCGAUCGAUUCCUCGCAGACCGCCGCCGGCCGCCGGCUCCCUCCCCCCCGCCCCCCCGGCAGUCGUGUCGUCCGUCUCCUCCCCCACUCCGAAGUCGCAAUCGCCGUUUGGCAGUCUCGCCUCGUCUUUCAAUCCCUCCCAAGAUACUCCAAUUGUUUGUAACUGUUAUUCUGCCCUAGCGAUUGUGCGAAUAAGUUUGUGAUGUCGUCUCUGAGGAAUGCUAUUCCGAGAAAAGCUCACAAGGAGCGAGCUCAGCCGCAUUCGAGAAGGAAAUAUGGACUGCUUGAAAAACACAAGGACUAUGUCCAGCGUGCACGAGCUUAUCAACAAAAGCAGCAGACUCUGCAGAAACUUAAGGAAAAAGCGGCAUUUAGGAAUCCAGAUGAGUUCUAUUUCAAAAUGAUCAAGACAAAGACUGUUGGCGGAGUACAUAGAUUGCAGGGUGAAUCGAACAAGUACACUCCUGAAGAGAUCAUGUUGAUGAAGACUCAGGAUAUUGGAUAUAUAAUGCAGAAACUUCAAUCAGAAAAGAAGAAAAUCGAAAAGCUAAGUGGUAUGCUGCAUUCUCUGAACAAUCCGUCAUCUAGCAACCAUGUAUAUUUUGCUGAAGACAGGGAGGAGGCGCGAGAAAUUCGAGCACAGGUUUCUUCGAAACAUGGGGAGACCCCCAAGUUUGAAAGCUUGCCAAAAGCAAUUAAAAAAAAGACAGCUGCUUCUUACCGGGAACUAGAGGCGAGAAAAAGCCGAGUAAAAGACCUAGAAAAAAUAUAUGGGGAAAUGACAAUGCAGAAAGAAUUGCGGAAAAAGGGCAAGAAACGGAAACUUGGCCAAGAUGAGAUUAUUACUCCAACCUCAGGACCUGUGUACAAGUGGCGGCAAGAAAGAAAACGUUGAAGAGUGCUGUCGAGUUUUUGCCGGAGAAAUUCCCGACUCCGAAAAUUGUCUAUUGGCUGCCUUUGAAGCAGGAAUGGGUGCAUCAUGAUUAAGCAAUGCAAGAGGUUAGCUAAUUUAACUACAAUUUUUUGAAGAAAUUGUGAAAUGUUGGAUAAUUCUACUUGUGUAUGUUUCAUUACAUAAAUCCUCUAUAUAUUCUGAUAUCUGGAUUAAACAA